CCCGCCGCUGGAACCCUGGUCCUUCGUCCUGCGGCCGGGAUGCCGGAGAUCAGCCUCCGCCACGUCGUGUCCUGCAGCAGCCAGGACUCGACCCAUUGUGCAGAAAACCUUCUCAAGGCCGACACUUACCGGAAGUGGCGGGCAGCCAAGGCAGGAGAGAAGACCAUCUCUGUGGUCCUACAGUUGGAGAAGGAGGAGCAGAUACACAGCAUAGACAUUGGGAAUGACGGCUCGGCCUUUGUGGAGGUGCUGGUGGGCAGCUCGGCCGGAGGGGCCACAGCUGGUGAGCAGGACUAUGAGGUCCUUCUGGUCACCUCCUCUUUCAUGUCCCCUUCUGAGAGCCGAAGAGGCUCAAACCCCAACCGUGUCCGUAUGUUUGGACCCGACAAGUUAGUCCGGGCAGCCGCGGAGAAGCGCUGGGACCGCGUCAAAAUUGUGUGCAGCCAGCCAUACAGCAAGGACUCACCCUAUGGCCUAAGUUUUGUGCGGUUUCACAGCCCUCCAGACAAAGAUGAGAUGGAGGCUCCAUCCCAGAAGGUGACAGUGACCAAGCUCGGCCAGUUCCGUGUGAAAGAGGAGGGUGCCGGCACCAGCUCUCUAAAGCCAGGGGCUCUCUUCUUCAGUCGCAUCAACAAGACGCCUCCAGCCUCUGCUCGCGACCCGGCUGGACCCAGCUACGCAGCAGCUACGCUGCAGGCCUCUAGUACAGCCUCCUCAGCCUCGCCAGUCUCCAAGGCUUUGGGUAGCUCUUCCAAGCCUCAGGAGUCUCCCAAAGGGAAGAAGAAACUGGACUUGAAUCUAGAAGACAGGAAGCCUCCCAGCAAACCUUCAGCAGGGCCACCUACCCUCAAGAGACCUAAACUGUCUGGUCCUAGUCACCCCCCAGCUGCAGCCCCAGCCUCUGCCCCAGCACAGAAGGCGGUCCCAGGGAAGCCCCGGGGAGAAGGCACGGAGCCCAGGGGAGCCCGAGCUGGCCCCCAGGAGCUGGGGAAGAUCCUGCAGGGCGUGGUGGUGGUGCUCAGUGGCUUCCAGAACCCCUUCCGCUCCGAGCUUCGGGACAAGGCCCUGGAGCUGGGGGCCAAGUACCGGCCAGACUGGACCCCGGACAGCACACACCUCAUCUGUGCCUUUGCCAACACCCCCAAGUACAGCCAGGUCCUGGGCCUCGGAGGCCGAAUUGUGCGGAAAGAAUGGGUGCUGGACUGUUACCGAAUGCGCCGCCGGCUGCCCUCCCAGAGGUACCUCAUGGUAGGGCUUGGCUCCAGCAGUGAGGACGAGGAGGACUCUCACAGUGAGAGUGAGAGCCGUGGAGACCCAGCUCCCGAGCUUCCGCGGAAGCGGCCCCCGGCCAAAGCCAAGACCCAAGCAGCAGGGCCCAGCUCACCCCAGAGACCACCCGCUGCACAAGAGACCAAAGCCCCCUCACCCGGACCCCCGGACAGCAGUGACACUGAGGGGGAGCGAUCAGAAGGACAAGACGAUGGAGUGGAAGAUUCCGGAGACACUGAGGAUGAGCUGAGGAGGGUGGCCAAGCAGAGGGAGCAGAGGCGGCCCCCAGCUCCCGGGGAGAAUGGCGAUGACCCCUACGCUGGCUCCACAGACGAGAACACCGACAACGAGGCUUCCACAGACGCUGAGCUGCCAAUCCCAGAGCUCCCAGACUUCUUCCAGGGCAAACACUUCUUCCUGUACGGGGAGUUCCCUGGGGACGAGAGGAGGAGGCUCAUCCGAUAUGUGACAGCUUUCAAUGGUGAGCUUGAGGACUACAUGAGCGAGCGGGUCCAAUUCGUCAUCACAGCCCAGGAGUGGGACCCCAGCUUUGAGGAGGCCCUGAUGGACAACCCCUCCCUGGCGUUCGUGCGGCCCCGGUGGAUCUACAGUUGUAACGAGAAGCAGAGGUUACUCCCUCACCAGCUCUAUGGGGUGGUGCCCCAGGCCUGAGCGUGCACACCUGUGCACGUGUAUACACACGAGUUAAUAAAGGAGACUUUUUUUGGA